GAAGUAAUCUAGAUUAGUCUAUAUAACAGUAAACUGUAACAGUGUUACGAGUUCAGUAGAUCGUUUGCUCCACGUUUAAUAAGAUCGUUUUAUUCACGAAUCUUAUGUAAAAAUCAAUUUCAGUAUCUCAGGAUGCAAUCUAAAUUUCGAUUGACGAUUCUCAAAUGGACGAUAUUCGUGGUCCUGUUUACACUACUAGAAGUGAAGGGAAAACCAACGAUAGACUCGAUAGCGCUGCUAGAUCCGAAGAAAUUAAUUUGCAGUGUAGAGACGACAAAUCUGUGUCAACAAUGCGCAAAACAUACGAAGAGCGACGAUGUUUAUCCAUGGUGUUGUGCGAAUCAUGAGGGUGUACGAGAUUGGUGCGGGCACUAUUUGCACUUUGGAUUGCCAUAAACGUCCAGAGAUCGGGAGGGAAAGCGAUAAAGUGAUAUUUUUGUUAGCGACGAGAGUGGACGAAUCGAUGCUACCUUGAUCCCCACGACCGGAGCAAUUGUUCUUUUCUUAAAACAUAAAUAUUUAUCAAAACGAUUAAUUACAAACGAGAGCGAAAAAGAAGAAAGAAACGGCAAACGUCCCCAAUCUCGAUGCGAGAAUCCCGUAGCCCGUUAAGUGUAUCACUGAACUCUGCUAAUCUAAACUUUUGUUGUUCUCUCUUGAGCAAUUGUUGCCUGAGAAUGACUCCUUGUGACUAAAUAUAUAACUGCACGUUAUUUAGUAUUGUAUACUGUGACUACUGUUAAACAUAAUCUCGAUUUUUUAAUGAUAAUAAAAACGUAAUUAUUUAUUUUACAAUA